GUAGACAGUCAUGUCAAGGGACUACCUUUACCUUUAACACCAUCACACCCUUCCCCCCGCCCCCUGGAUGACAGAAUUCUGCCAUCAUGCUUAUCUGUGUACUCUGUCUACAAACCUCAACUCAAUCAGAUAUUCCAUCCCCUUUGACCUUGUAAAGUGGGGACAGGAACCAAUAUUGGAUAAGAACGAGUGCUUGUUAUCGCUGCACUGAAACUAUAGAGCAAGUCUGAGAUAGCAUGGGAGUGUAUCUGGAUCGGUAUGUCUUGUAAUCAGCAGCCAAGCAACAGCCAUGUUCCAGACCAGCUGAGCUCCAGCCCACUGUCCCAUGGGGCACCCCAUGCCUGGUGCCCUGCUGCUCCCCACUGCUUUCUUGCUGAGCCUUUUGCCUGCUGCACCCCGGAAUCAUCAUCUGUCUCCUGCCCGUCUGGAAGUCUUCACCAACUUUGUGUAUACAAGGAUUGCAGAGCUUAUGUGCAUGGUGCCCUGCCCAGAGCCCGAUGCCAGCGGAAACUACGGGAAGGCACCUCACUGCCUCUGCCCACCCUCGCACUAAGUACAGUUGAGCAAAGCCAACAGCCUGAAAGCCAGAAGUGUGUUCGUGUCCACUUGGCUCUGAAUGCUACAGGCAUUAAAGAACUGGAGCUACAUUAUCUGAUCCUGAGUACUAACCGCUCUGGCUGGCUUCAGAUCUUGAAGAGGCGAAGGCAUCAGGCAUACAGAGGAAACGUGUGGCAGAUUCAGCUUGACUGUUUCCCAGCAGAGAGUGGACAGAAGGUGCUUGUCUCUCUCGAAACCAUUCCUGAUGGGAUGCUGAGUAUCAGCCAAAGCAUUCUGGUCACUAGCAAGCAAAUGGGACCUGAUUUCCACCACACGUGGUUGCCUGGAACACGAGCUAUUGAGGUGUCUGUGUCUGAGGACCCUGCCAUUACUGUGCACCUCUGCCACCAGCUGGCCUUGGUGUGUGAGGAACUGGACCAGCCUUUCCAACAGCAGGCAUUGGUCUCCAGACAUCAUCCUGCUGUGCUACCCUAUGAAUUCCUGCUUCCUUGCUUAUGUAUAGAGGCAUCAUAUGGGUAUCAUGAUGGCGUACGGAAGAAGGUUUGUCCAUUCCAGGAUCGACCAGAGACCUUUGGUCCAGACCUGUGGUCCUCAAUGCAGUUUCGUGACUUCAGCAAUAGUGAAAAGGCUGAAAUGGUGAUGUCUCUGAACGGCCGCUGCUUCCUUCAUCCCACUGCUUCCCUUUGUUGGAAGGAAACUCCAGAAGCAAUCUGUCAAGAUAUUCCCAAUGCUACAACCAUUGGAUCAAACCAGGAGUACAUCUUUGAGGAGGUGGAUGUGCACCCCCAGCUCUGCUUCAAGUUCUUUUACAAGAAUACCAGCCACACUGAGUGCCCACACCAGACAGAAACUGCCUGGAAUGUAUCGCUAAGUGCCACAUUUUUGCAGCUCCACUUAAGCUUUCGCUCCCGUGUACCAGCAUCCUUCAGCUCAGCCUUAUGUCAGAAACAGCCUACAGGCCAGUGUGAGCUUGAACCACCUGUCUAUACUGUCACCCAUCCAGAGGGAUCAGCCCUCGGAGAAUUGGACCUCAUUCUGCCUUGGCGGGCCUUGAGGAGCUGCCUACUGGUCUGGCGUUCUGAUGUUCGCUUUGCUGGCAAACAGCUUUUGUGCCCUGAUGUUUCUCACAAACGCUGGGGUCUGCUUGCCUUUGGAGUGAGUCUGGGAUUGGGAUUGCUGGUCAUGAUCGUUCUGCUCAUUCGUUGGGGUCUGCAGAGGCUCCACAGAGAUAAGCCCAGCAGACACUAUUCCCGUCCUAUCCUGCUGAUCUAUUCUCCUGAUUCGGAGGAACACAAGCAGCUAGUCUGUGCCUUUGCUGGAUUGCUGCACUCAGCACUUGGCUGCCCCAUUCUUUUGGACCUCUGGGAGCUGGCCCAUGUGGGCCGAUUAGGUAUCAUGGCCUGGAUGUAUGCCCAGCGAGAACUUAUAGGCCAGGAGCAGGGCCAGGUGCUGCUACUAUGGAGUGCAGGUAGCGCUCGUGCCUAUGGACUGUGGCGUGGGAAGGCAAAUGGAGAUGGAGGUAAGGCACCAGAGCCCCAUGACCUUUUUGGAGCAGCAAUGGCGUGUUUGCAAGGUGAACUUCAGAGUGCUGCUGGGACUAUGCAACAGAGUGAUUGGGUAAUAGCCUAUUUCAGUAAACUGUGUGGCCGGCGGGACAUUCCCUAUUCUCUGAGGUUUCUUCCCCGCUAUCGCCUGCCUCAGGAA